AUGAGAUUCGGUAGUAGUGUCGUUAAUGAUGAUGAUGAUAAUGAAAGUUUCGAUCCUGAUGAACGACAAGUUCGAAUUUUAUUAAAACAAAAUUUAAAAUAUUUUGAUAUAAAUGGUGCAAUUGAUUUUGAUAAAUUAUAUCGUGAAUUUAAAAAUACAGAUCGAAAUCAAACUGGUAUUUUAAAUCGACAACAAAUCGAAGAAGUUAUUUAUAAAGUUCGUAUACCAUUACAACGUUCAUUAAUAUUUCAAAUACUUGAAAAACAUUGUCGAGCUUAUUUAAGAUUAUAUAGAUGGGAAGCUUUCUUUCAAUAUUUAAAAGAACAACUUCUUGAUAUAAGAGAAGUUCAAGAUCGAUCAAGUCCAAUUUAUACACAACGUACUCCAACUCGUAGUCAAUGGCUUGAUUUAAUUCGAAGAGAAUAUACUGAAAAUGGUCGUGUACGAAUUAUUGAACGAUUUAGUACACAUAAUGAAGGACCACGAUUAGAAAGUAAUAAUCCAUCUGCAUGGUUUGCACGUUUUUUACGCCUUGCCAAUGCUAUGUAUAGUCAUCGUGCUAGCACAAAUAGAGAACAUGAUUUUUUAUUACCUCGAGAAGAAGCUCGUCGAUUGUUUCGUGCUUAUAAUCAAGUGUGGGAUUUAAAAAUUGAAGAAGACAAAUUACAACGAGUACUUGAUAUAUGUGGUCGUGGUGGAAAUACUGCUAUUGACGAUGCACUUAAACUACUUGCCAAAUGA